ACUGACAACCAAUCAGCUGCUGCUAUUCCACGAGUGGGCGGGGCACUCAUGAAUAUCCAACAAGCUGUGGGCGAGGAGAACAAGGGGUUAGUUUAGUGUUAUUUGUGCAUCCAAACGCGUUAAUCUUGACUAACAGGCCUGAAAGCAACAGCAGUAGUGGUGAAACAAGCUUACCGCCGCGUUUCGUCUGUUUCGGUUGUUUCCCCGGUGGAGGAGGCAGCUCUCGGUACCGUUAGGAACAUCGCCCCAGUCUGCCCGGAGCUCGGCAGGGAACAAUGUCUGGCAAAGCCGCGGUAGCGCUCCAGUGGUAACGCCGUUACAAGUAAUCCCUUUUGUUUGAGAAGAUCAUGGACAUUCCUCCUCCUAACAUCCUGGAGGAAGGCGACGACGAAAUAGAGAAAGAGAAGCUGUGCUCAUCUGAGGAUGUGGAGGGAGGCGGGGCAGCCAGUGCUGGUGGAGGUUCUAGAGGAGCAGGCGGCGGCGGCGGAGGGGUAUCAGCCUCCUUGACCCCAGCCAUUUGGGAGAAGACCAUUCCCUAUGACGGGGAGACCUUCCACUUGGAGUACAUGGAUCUGGAUGAGUUCCUCCUGGAGAACGGGCUCCCUGUGAGCCUGGAGGAGGAGGAGCUGCAGAAGAGUCUGACCUCAGUGGUAGGCAAAGGCAAAUCCAUCCCCAAGGUUACUGCCACAGCUACCACCACCACUACUACUACUACUACUACACCUGCAGAUGCUGCAGCCUCCGUCUCCGACUCAGCAUCUUCCCCCUCGGUCUCCGCCACUUCUACGGUCACCUCAGAUCCAGAGGAAUCGGUGACAUGCACUACGCUACAACCAGCUAAACUAGAAGAAGAGGAAGGACAAGAAGAGGAAUCUUUGUCUGAGGAGGCGACAGCAGAAGUGGAAGUGAAAGCGAAGAAAACAGAUUGUAACUCUGCAGAACGUAACACACCCUCCCCCAUCGACCCAGAUGCCAUUGAGGUGGACAUUAAUUUCCAGCCGGAUCCCACAGACCUGGUCCUGUCCAGUGUGCCGGGGGGAGAGCUGUUCAACCCGCGCAAACACAAGUUCUCUGAGGAGGAGCUGAAACCGCAGCCUAUGAUCAAGAAGGCCAAGAAAGUGUUUGUUCCUGAUGAACAGAAGGAUGAGAAAUACUGGUCCAGGAGAAAGAAGAACAAUGUGGCUGCAAAGCGUUCUCGUGACGCACGGCGGCUGAAGGAGAACCAGAUCACGGUGCGCGCCUCCUUCCUGGAGCGGGAAAACACUGCGCUGCGGCAGCAGGUGGCUGAGAUGCGGAAGGACUGUGGUCGCUGCAAGAACAUCCUGGCCCGAUAUGAGGCUAAGUACGGCCCACUGUAAAGAACUCAGAAUAAAACCCACAAAGUCAAGAAUCAAUGAGACAAAAAGACAGAUCUCCCUUCCCUGCAGAAUUCAACACAAACACCAAGCGAAUCUAAAUUUGCACUGUUGUCUUUGCUGACCUCCAGUCACUGUCGAGCUCCAGUUGCUGUUUCCAACUGGAGUUUUGGAUACACACUGGCAGGCAGUGAGGCGUGAUUGGAGCGGUGGUCACAGGAAGGCCUGUGGAGAGCGCCUGGCUCCUACACUCAGAGAGGAUGGGGACGAUUGUGGACCAUGGUCCAACACACAUGGACAAUAUGGUCUGUCUCAAGACGGCUUCAAGAAAGUCAGGAAAUAGGAAAAGAGCAGAACAAAAGAAUCACAGGUUUUUCAAUACUACACAAAUCAGUUUUUAACACUGCACAGCACUUCUUCUUAGUGGACCAAAGCAUGAGUAACGUCAGUUAGAAGUUGUGUUUUUAGAAUGGUGCACACUUGCCGUCCCUUACAUUUUCCUUGUGUUCCACUUAUGUUUGUGUCUGUUGUGUCUGUACUUCCUUUAAAAUAUUCUGGGGCUCAGAAGAAGGAUGUUGAUGGCAGGGUAGGAGAGGAACAGAUGAAUACACGAAUAAAGGAGCAGGAGACAGAUUCACAGUGAUACUUCCAGGCUGAAGAGAAAGGAAGCAAAGACCUCAGGUCGGCAGAGGGGAAAAGGAUGAGAGUCCGUCAGUGGUGUGGUUCAGUCACAGUUCUUCCUUGUUGUAACCCACAUGCACGCCUCUGCGCACACAAAAACGCUGUUUGUAUAUAUAGUCAUCUCCCUGCAUCACAUAGAUGUGUGCGUGUCAGUGCGUAAUCAAUUUUUGCAGCGUGUAAAGAUUAUUGUGGUGGCAGGUGUCUACCUUAUUUACCACAACCACCAUGGGAGACCCAGUAGCUUAUUAGGAAAAAAACAACAUGCAUGACCUAAAGUUUAAAGCUACUAGUUUACUUUUCUACUAACCUCAGAUCAGCUUCCAGAACCUCACAUGAGAUUUUGUUAAAGAAGACAUGGCAUUUUGGGUUUCCUUAAAAGAUGACGAUUUUACAAAUGGAGAGAGAGUAGUCGUUUUUUCUGUAGGUUACUGUUGAAGGCAUAAUGUCUGAUGAUCUCCGGGGGCCCUCACCGGUGGAGGGGUAUGUUCACAUGUAGGGAUGUUUAUUUUACUGCACACUGCAGGUAGAGGCCGCUAGAGCCACUGCCUGCCUGGUCAUGGUGUAGUGAUUGCUGGAUUGAUUUUUAUGUUUUAAAUUUAGGCAGGCCCAAUGUUGACUGCUUUUAAACCUUGUAAAUAAAUGAUUGUCUCAUGGUCUUUAUUUCCUAAAAUGGGGAUUCUGACUGUGUCUUUAUUAACCCAAUACUAUUCCUUAUAUUUGCCAAAUAGUCAAUGAGUGCUGUAUUUAUUCUGAUGGUAAUAAUGCAUCUGUUGAUUGUGAUGUAUAACAAUAUGUCAGAUAUUUCUAUUUCCUUUGAGGAACGAUACUUCUAAUGAAACCAAUGCAGGGAAUUCAAUGGGUAAACUGUGCUUUUGGAUGUUUGUUUUAAAAACAGAUUUAUAUAGUUUUAUGGGAUUUGUUUUCUCUAUAUACAUACAAUGUCUAAACACACAGAGGACAGGGCACACUCCUAUUUACCUCAUCCAACACUUCCUAUUUUGAAUGGUUAAAAGUUUAGUAGGGCUACAAAGUGGUGUUGGUUGAAGCAGAGAGCACAUAAAAAAGCAGCUUAGUUCCUUUUGGCAAAACCUUGAAUCCGAGUUGAUAAAUUGAGUUCUUUUUGCCAAAGUGGCUGAGCCUGUGUCUAAAUUAGUAAAUACAUUACAGACUGUUAUGGGACUCUAUAUCUCAAGUGUCUUUGGCUGAUGCAGAUUCUGUGAUCGGCCGGCUUGUGCUCAUUAUCGCCGUAAUCUUGGAAAGAAAAUAAAUGUGGCAAUAAUACUCUGUUAUGUAAUGCUCGUUUUAUUUCAGUAAUGAUGUUGUAUGUAAAAUUGCUAUGAUGUACUAAAUAGAAAUGCCCCAAAGUCAUUUGUGCUUCCAGUUUAGAUCCUCUGUAGUCUAGGAUCCUAAUGCAUGAAACCCAGUAAAGUUGUCUUUUUUUUUCUUGAAUAUUUUACACCAAGUGUACUUAUGUCUGUAAACCAUCACUGAAAACUAAAUAUGUUUUUGGAUGGGUAGGUUGAUGGUCUAUUGUACAGUCCCAUCAGAAGAAAAAGCAGAACAUCUUUGCUAUGGUGUCCUGUGUUUAUGACUUGCAUAAUAGCACCACCUAUCCUUGUGCAGCCAGUGCUUGACCUUGGGGCGAACAUCAGCUGAAAACAGCAUCUUUUGAUCACUGUGUGAAUUGUUUUCUAUUUACUAAAGAUUGAUCUAUAUCUAGAUACACUGGAUCAGUUGGUGAUUUUGUGUUUUCUUGAUAGAUUCUGUGUUUGUUUUAGUUUCCUGACGGUGUAGUAUAACAGACAUUUCUUAGCAAUGUGUUGUUUUUUUGCAUUGACUUUCAAACUUGGCAUUGACUGCAUUAUGCUGUUUAUACAUCAAUGUAGUUGAUGGAUGCAAACUUUGGUUAUUUUUUUAACUAAAUUAAAAAUGUUCUGCAUUAGGCUGAUUAAGGGUACUGGCCAAGAGAGACGUUUAGAAGACAACAAAUCAAGAUUGUUUAUAGUACUGCAUACAUUAUGUAGCAAUCACUUUGUAUUUAUUUUCCUUGUUUUUUUGUUGUUUUUUUUUGAUAAGUAGCACCUCAAGGAAUUGGCUUGCAACUCACAAACCUGCUAAUUGAUGUUUAGCAGGCUGCAAAUCUUCCAGGAAAGGAAAAUAAUAUUAGCAGCGAGUUAGCUCUGCAGACGUAGAUAUAUCUGUCGCCACCUACAGACAAAGAUGGUAAUAGCUGCUGCACUUUUAAAACAACUGCGCCACCUGUAGCCAAUAAAUGUUGCAACUGCAUUUUUUUUCCUGUAGCUGAUGUCUUUGUCUGUUUGAGGGUUUUUUAUUUAACAGUUAUUUCACUUGUUAGCUGAAAACAAAAGAAACACGAUUGUUUCACAGUAACCGUCAGUAACUCCAUUUAUAACUUAAAAUUGACUUUGACAGGCAGACAGAAAAUUGAGCAUGAAAGUGUUAAUUGACCCUUCCAGCGUGAGACAUUUUACCAAUAAACAAUAUAUAUGUUGUGACAAAUAAAAUCAUAAAUCUGACAAAGGUUUGCAGGUUAAAAAUAUUAUGUCACACACAAAAAGCGUAUUUAAAAAAAUGCAGUUGUUAAACUCUGCCUGCAGGUGGCACAAGUGUGAAAGUGCUAUUGUUUUCUUUACCUGUAGAUUGUGCAAAUUAAAGCCUACAUCUGAAGGUCUAAACUGCUGUUUUCAGGUUCUGGUCUGAAACUACUGGCACUAGCUUUGGGUGCUUUGCAUCAAUGACAAGUCUUUGUUUACUAUUCAAAGUAGCUACAAUACUCCUGAAAAUAUCUAAAAGUCUAUUGAAAACAUUUUUAAAGAUUUGUUUAUUUUGUGGUGUUUUGCUUUAUUUUCUCUUUUUAUAUAAACAUGUUUUUGUUGGAUGUUUUUGUAUUGUCCUAACCAUGUAUAGGAUACAUGCAACUGCAGUACUAUGUGCUAACUGUAUCUUGUAUCAUGCAUAUGAAAUAAAUUGGGAUUUAAUGA